GGAAUGCUAAUACUUGAGUGGAAAACCCCUGUGCCCCUACAAGGACAGCUGAGAGAGCUCAGGAUCUGUGGGAGCGCUACCAAAAACAGCCUCAAUAAUGUAAACAGAGACAGAGGCUUCUGGCGAACUCGAGGCAUCUGAAAGCGAACGGUAGCACUUCAGUUCAGCAAAGCCUGACUGCCAUGAUGAAGAAUGCUUAUUUAAUGUGCGACGGGCAGAUGGCAUCAGAUAUGUCUCGGAGACAAUGUUCAUCUGUCCUUAUCAUGCAUUCAAGCAUUACAUUUGAGUUAGUCUGAGUCAGUCUUAAGAGACCUGUUGUUGUUUGGCCAACCUCUUUUUCUCUCUCUCUCUCUCUAUCUCCAUCUCCAUCACUCUAUUUUCACUUUCUCUCUGCUUUCUGUGCCUGCUCUCCUGUUGUCCUUCAUCUCUUUGAGAAGUCACUUUUCCUCUAUAAAGCAUGUAGGCGUCCAAGGUCAUCAGUGUAAAAUGAACGUGAUUUUCGAUUAAAGAGAGAGCAGAGAGGCUGUUGGGAGUUUGGUGACGUGAACAGAAGCGGUUUGCCUUCCAGAUCCUCACGGCAGCAAUCAGCAGUACGCAGAUCACACUUAUCCUGCGUUGCGAUGCCUCUACUGAGAGAUCUUCGGAAGAAAGAUGACAUCAAUGCUGUUUAUGAGCUGAAAGAGAAACUGGGAGAGGGCUCGUUCUCUGAGGUUCGAGUGGCUCAGCACAGAUGUACUCAGAAGCUUGUGGCUGUCAAGUGCAUCCGCAAGAGAGCGCUAAAGGGAAAAGAGUCCAUGCUGGAGAAUGAGAUCGCGGUAUUACGCAGGAUAAAUCAUGAAAAUAUUGUGUCUUUGGAGGAAACAUUUGAGACUCCUACCAAAUUGUAUUUGGUAAUGACACUGCUGACUGGAGGGGAGCUGCUGGACAGGAUUCUGGAGAGAGGCAGUUAUACGGAGAAAGAUGCCAGUCGUGUGAUUUAUCAGGUGCUGUGGGCGGUGAAGUAUCUGCACCAGCUGGGCGUUGUGCAUCGAGAUCUAAAGCCAGAGAAUUUACUGUAUGAGACUCCAUUAGAAGACUCCAAAAUUGUCAUCAGUGACUUUGGUCUGUCUAAAAUGGAAGAGCAGGGCGCUCUUUCCACAGCCUGUGGGACACCUGCCUAUGUUGCUCCUGAACUUCUACAGCAUAAAACAUACGGCAAAGAGGUGGAUCUCUGGGCAAUUGGGGUCAUUACAUUUAUUCUGCUCUGUGGCUAUCCGCCAUUCUACGAUGACAAUGACACACAACUCUACAAACUGAUCAUAAAGGCUGAAUAUGAAUUUGAUUCGCCAUACUGGGAUGACAUCUCUGACUCUGCGAAAGACUUCAUAGUUCACUUACUGCAGAAGGAUCCAGCGAAGAGGUUCAAUUGUGACCAGGCCUUGCAGCAUCCUUGGAUAUCAGGAGGUGCGGCUCUAGACAAGAACAUCCACGGUUCAGUGUCGGUGCAGAUUCAGAAAAACUUUGCCAAGAGUCACUGGAAGAGAGCCUUUAAUGCCACCAUCAUUGUGCGCCAUUUAACAAAGAAAACCCACUUCGGGGAAGAAGAUGAAGGGAAUCAAUCCUCAGGUAUAGGAACCAUCUGACAAUCCUCUGGCAGUAAACCGAGGCUCUGUUAAAGGGAAUAGUUCACUAAACAUAAACUGUGUCAUUUGCUUACCGUAAUGUUGUUCCAAACCCUUAUUUCUUUCUUGACCCUCACUGUGUGAACCGUGAAAGAAGCAGUCAACAAAUUCUGUGAAUAUCCAAAAUAAGAAAGAAAAACAUUUUGAACAUAUUCAAACUUGGCAUGUGCCAAUUGGUUACGAGACAUGUAAGAGACAAUAGCGUUCAGCAUCAAUGACAGUAAACUUAGUGAAAUGCAUCUUGAUACACAUAGUGAACUAUAUGCAAAAGAAUGAAUGUUUAAGAACUGCAGUGGAGUUAAAGUUGUCAAGAAAUUGAUAUGAAUCUACUUAAAUGCAUCAGAACAGAACAUAUGGUGAACGAUUCAUCCAUGAGUGUUUAAUUUUUUACUUUUUGGACUUCAAAUUUUUAAAUCAGAAUACAAUUUCUUUUCUUAGUGACAGGUUCCAGACUUUUCAAAUCACACAUCUUUUUUUUUCAGAGAUUGACAGGGGGGUUAUUACUGUUAACUAAAAGGAAAAACUGUAAUAGAACACCAUCUUUAGAAUACAUUAACAAUAUAUUUUCCUUAAAUAUAUACAUGCGUGCAUAUAUAUGUAUAUAUGUAUGUAUAUAUGUAUAUAUAUAUGUAUAGCACUUUUAGUAUAGCUUAGCAUAGAUCAUUGAAUCCAAUAAGACCAGUAGCAUUGCAUUCAAAAUGACCAGAGAGUUUAAAUAUUUUUCCUGUUUAAAAAUAGACUCUUCUAUAUUGUGUGAUAUAUUGUGUACUAAGACCACCAGAAAAAUUAAGUUGUGAUUUUCUAGGCCGAUAUGAUUAGGAACUAUACUUCCAUCCCGGCGUAAUAAUCAAGGAUGAACGUUUGCUGCUGUAACAUGGCCGCAGCAGGCUCAGUGAUAUUAUGCAGCGCCCUUCGGUCUUAGGACACAAUAUGAAUACAGAAGAGUCAAGUAUUAAAUAGGAUUAAAUAUGCAAACUGUUUGGUCAUUUUGGAAAGCAAUUCAAAAACAGUAAAACUCUACUCAACUCUGGGGGAGUUGGAGAAUGAGCCCAUUUUUUAAACAAAAGAGUGUUCCUUUCAACCUUUAAACACACACACACACACACACACACACACACACACACACACACACACACACACACACACAGAAUAUAUAUAGAAGUAUAUCAAUGAUUCUAAAAUAACAGUCCCUAUUAUUGUAUGCUUGAGAAAAGAGCAUUUCACUAAACCUUUCUCAAAAAGAAAAAUCAUUCAGGUUUGGAACAACAUAACCAUGACACAUUUUUUCAUUUUGGGGUCUCAGCGCAGUGGUCACUGUGUUGGGCAGAUUGACAGAGUCUCUGAAACACACCUGUGCUUUAAACGCACCACUGUCAGUGAGCCUUCUGCAAUAGCUACUGCUGCUACACUUCAGUGGGCUGCCACUGUAAAAAUACCCUCAGUGGAGAGCGGCUCCUUCACCAACUCGUGUUUUCAUAAAUGUUCUACUCCCCGUCUACUUGUAUUUGACGCAUAACAGCAUGCUGCUAUUUGACAGAACGCAAUAUUUAGUCAUGUACUACUGUCUGUCAGCUGUAAGUACCGUCACUUGAAGCAUACCAGUGGCAUUUCAAGGACAAAUAUGGCGUACAAUAGGAUAUUACAUUAGAUAAAUGAAGUAAAUAGUAAUUGUUGCUUUGUAUCUGUGCUAAAUAAAUAAACCGAUCUGCAUGUCA